AUGGUACCAAGAAAGCGUACUAGAAGGUACUUGGAAGUAGAUGUGGAAGGAAAUCCAGCAGAAGGUGUUGUCCAAUCAAAGUAUUUCAAAAAGGAAGAAACUGUUACAGUCAAGCAUGAGCCUGUAAGUGACUACAAAGACUUUGUUGAUGAAGUGGAUAUUGAAUGGAUCAAGAGCUUGGAUACGCAGGCGUUUUUUGAUUAUAUUGAUGAUCGAACAAGUGAGGAUCCACAACGAUGGUUAAAACCCCUUGAUGAAGAUUCUCUUGGGCUAAAACCUCUGGAAAUAGCUAAGCUACCCAAGAGUUUUAUUCCAAUUUAUAAUCGCGUUAGACUAAUGAGGGCACAGCUGAAGACACCAGUUGAUAAAGUUGGUUGUGCAUUAAUGCCUAUAUUCAUUGCGGAGAACUGUGGGCUGCAUAAAGAACAAAUACUUCCGAAAAACUAUAGAUUUCAACUGCUAAUCGCAGUGAUGUUAUCAUCACAGACCAAGGAUGAGAUCACGGCAGAAGCCAUGCUUAAUAUCAUGAGAUACUGCCUCAAUGAGCUCCAUGAUCCCAAUGGGAUGACGUUGGAAUCUGUCUUAAUGAUGGAUGAAUCAAUAAUUGAUGAGAAAAUAAAAUCUGUUGGUUUUCAUAGAAGGAAGGCAACUUAUAUAUAUAAAAGUGUUCGCAUGCUGCGCGAUAAUUUUGAUUCUGAUGUACCGACAAAUGUCAAUGAUAUGCUAAGUCUGCCUGGUGUCGGGCCUAAGAUGACAUACCUUGCCUUACAGCGAGCUUGGGGUAAGAUGGAUGGGAUUUGUGUAGAUGUACAUGUUGAUAGACUUUGCAAGAUGUGGAGAUGGGUGGAUGCAAAAAAAUGCAAGACACCUGACCAUACCAGAAAGGCAUUGCAAACAUGGCUCCCUAAAUGUUUAUGGUACGAAAUUAAUACUGUGCUAGUUGGUUUCGGUCAAGUAAUAUGCAUGGCUCGCGGCAAAAGAUGUGAUAUUUGUUUAGCCAAUGAUAUUUGUAAUGCUAGAGAUAGAAAGCUUCUCUCGAAACUUCAAUUUGAAGAGGAUAUAGACGAAGCUUUUUGGAAACUAAGCAAAACCACAAGAGGGAAUUUUGAUGAAUAUAUUCUGUACUUGAAAAAGAAACUCAAAAGCGACAAGUACCCCAUCAAAGCCGAAGGUCCUUGA